AGAUGGCGUCAUGGAUUCCAAUCGUUACGCUAGUGAUCGGCGGUUGCCUGUUUCCGGCUUCAGUGGACUGCUUGGUUCGAAUGUACAAGCUCGAUGUGGUGAUGAAGAACACCACUAAAUUGUGUUCAACUAAACCCAUUGUUACAGUCAAUGGAAUGUUCCCUGGUCCUCGUCUCAUUGCUAGAGAAGACGAUACACUGCUUGUAAAAGUCAUCAACCAUGCCGAUUACAAUGUCACAAUCCACUGGCAUGGAGUUAAACAAUUUCGGACUGGUUGGGCUGAUGGUGCUGCAUACAUAACUCAGUGCCCGAUUCAACCUGGCCAAACUUACUUGUAUAAUUUCACGCUCAGCGGCCAAAGGGGUACUCUUUUUUAUCAUGCUCACAUUCUCUGGCUCCGGGCCACUGUCCAUGGAGCUCUUGUCAUCUUGCCCAAACGUGGUGUUCCUUAUCCCUUCCCUAAACCUCAUAAGGAAGAAGUCAUCCUGUUAGCUGAAUGGUGGAAAUCAGAUGUUGAAGCUGUCAUCAAUCAAGCUCUCCAAACUGGCCUCAUUCCCAAUAGGUCUGAUGUUCAGACCAUCAAUGGCUAUCCAGGGCCUGUCUCAAGCUGCCCUUCAGAGAGAGGAUAUACGUUACAUGUAGAACCUGGGAAGACAUACAUGCUAAGAGUCAUUAAUGCUGCACUGAAUGAAUUUUUCUACUUUAAGAUUGCUGGCCAUGAACUCAUCGUGGUUGAGGUUGAUGCUUCAUAUACAAAACCCUACAAAACUGAGACAGUUCUCAUAGCUCCUGGCCAAACCACAAAUCUUCUUUUAACAGCAAGUAUAAGAACCGGCAAUUUCAUGGUUGCCGCCUCACGUUUGAACAGCAACAUAACCGCCACUGGCACGUUAAACGGUAUUAUUGGUAGUCAUGAUGAUGCAGCCACCAUUGUCACUAUCCCAAUCGCAGCUUCUGAAAACGCCAGCACCCAACUUGUCGACAACGUUACUGAUCAUGCCUUAAGAAGCCUAAACUCAAAAGAAUAUCCUACUACAGUCCCCUUGAAGAUUGAUCAUUCUCUUUUUUUCACCAUUGGCCUUGGAAUGAUGCCUUGUUCAACUUGUGUUAUUGGCAAUCGUGCUGUCGCUCACAUUAACAAUGUCACUUUCGAUGAGCCAAGUAUCUCGCUCCUUCAAGCUCAUUUCUACAACAUAAAAGGAGUUUACACAGACGAUUUCCCUGCCAACCCACUUAAUAAAUUCAACUAUACGGGCGAACAACCAAAGAACCCUCAUACCAUGAAAGGGACAAGAGUUUAUCGCCUUCCUUACAACUCAACCGUACAAAUAGUUUUACAAGAUACGGUGAUGUUUUCCGGGGAAAGCCACCCGUUGCACUUGCAUGGCUUCAAUUUCUACGCAGUUGGAAGCGGGUUAGGGAAUUUCAACCCCAAGAAGGACCCAAAGAAAUUCAAUCUUGUUGAUCCUGUAGAGAGGAACACCAUUAGCGUCCCUGCUGGUGGAUGGACCGCUAUCAGAUUCAGGGCAAAUAACCCAGGGGUUUGGUUCAUGCAUUGCCAUUUGGAGGUGCACAAAACAUGGGGGAUGAGGAUGGCAUUUGUAGUGGACAAUGGGAAUGGCCCCAAUGAAUCAAUUUUGCCACCUCCCACUGACCUUCCCGAGUGUUAGCAAACAAAAAGUGAUUGGCGAAACAGCCCACAAAUGAAAAUGGGUGAAAAUACAAAGAUGUCUUUUGAGCAAGCUCAAAGAAAGCCUGCGUUUUGAGCUCUAAAGUACUGCCGGCUAAGCCUCCAGUGGUCACUGUUAUUAGCAGUCGAGAUAAAUCGAACUCAAGACCUCCUGGGUUAUACUAAAAGAGUCUCUAUUCAAUCACUUGGCUACCUAAGGGUGGUUAAGCCUACUCAUAAUGGAAUAAACGUCUAUUGGGUUUUUGUUUUUGUAUUUUUUGGGAUUUAAAUUAUUGUACCAGAAUCACUUCAUUCAACAUAUUUAUA